AUGGAUGCCGCCAUGAUGGAAACAUCCCUAUCAAUCCCACUGCCCCCUGCGGUUGAGAACGCGUUUCGAGACGCGCAAUAGCUCAUGGGAGAUGUAGUCUUCACCAUUCUUGAAGCCGACAUGGCAGCCCCCGUGAGGAGAACUCAUGGCUCCGAUUCAGAAGCGGACAGCGGCUCGGAAACUGACUUUGAAACUUCACAGUUAGGAACGAAGGAAUAUUGGGAAGAUGCAUACAAAAAGGAGUUGGAAACAUUCAAAGACAUUGGGGACGUGGGUGAAAUAUGGUUUGGUGAGGAAAGCAUGAGCCGUGUGCUAAGAUGGAUGGAAAAGGCUAAAAUUCCAGAAGAAGCUGCCAUUUUGGACAUUGGCACUGGAAAUGGUGCCUUUUUAGUGGAAUUGGCAAAACAUGGGUACAAGAAUUUAACAGGAAUAGAUUAUUCCCAGGCUUCUGUGGAACUGGCAAAAAGUGUUCUUCAGUCUGAGGGCUUAGCACAUGUCAGAGUUAAGGAGGUAGACUUUUGCAGCGGUGGACUGGAGGGUUACGACGUGUGUGUGGACAAGGGGACAUUUGAUGCUAUUAGCUUAAAUCCGGACAAUCGGAGCGAGGCGAAAAUGCUUUACGUACAAGCCUUAAAAGACUCCCUCAAGGAUCAAGGCCUCUUCUCCAUUACAUCUUGUAACUGGACUAAAGAACAACUGCUUGAGCGAUUUGGUGAAGGAUUUAAAUUUGUACAGGAGUUGCCAACGCCCAUGUUCCACUUUGGAGGAAAAACUGGAAAUAGUGUGACUGCAUUGAUAUUCAAGCGAGUACACUGA